AUCAAGAUGCAAAUGUUAUGCAAAGAAAUGCUACAAUAAACUCGUACAUAAGCAAGUUAACACGAACCAAACAACAUUUCAUGCAGAAAGGAUGUAAGAAAAUUAUGCAAGCUUACUGCGCCUCACGCAGGAAAGACAAAAAACAUCAACCGUCGGGUGCACCUGAGGCGGUAAACAAGAUCCCAACGCUUGGCAUACGCGAGGAGAGAAGUGGUGCGAACCUAAGGACACAUCCUAAGUUCUGAGCCACAGAGAACAGUGAUAACAAUUGAAACACAUCCAACCAUUAUGUAAUAGAAGCAAAGAGCGGUAUAAGCAUCAGAAUUCGUCCAGAUGCAUUUAACCAAAGCAUCGUAACGCGCCGCGCAUGAGAGGGAAAAAGGAGCGGUGCAAACAUCGAAGGGUGGUAUAAACAUUAGAGCACAUUCCAAUGUUUCUAAUCAAAACAGAAUGGUAUAAGCGUUGAAACACGAUCUAAACGCUUCUAACCAAAGGGGUGGUAUAAGCGUCGAACACACGGUCUAAACGCUUCUAACUAAAGGGGUGGUAUAAUCGUCAGGCACACAGUACAAACGCUUCUAACCGAAGGAGUGGUAUAAACAUCAGGCACAUAACCCAAUGCUUUAAACCAAAGGGGAGGUAUAAACACCGGGUGUACCCGAGUGUUUCUAACCAAAGGGGUGGUAUAAACACCGGACGUACCCGAGUGUUUCUAAUCAAAGGCAAGGUAUGAACGUCGGGCACACGACCCAAACGCUUCUAACCAAAGAAGGGUGUCGGUGUAAACACCGGGCGUACCUGAAUAUUUUUAACCAAUGAGGUAUAAACGUCAGGCACACGACCCAAACGCUUCUAACCAAAGAAGGGUGUCAUUGUAAACACCAAGCGUACCCGAAUAUUUUUAACCAACGAGGAGUGGUGUAAGCACCGAGCGUACCCGAAUACUUCUAACCAAAACAAGGUGUUCAAAGGACAAGAAUGAUCUUACCCAGAAUUCCUCUGAAUGAACCAUACAUACAAUAUCGUUUGGUUGCACUAGCUUUGAAUGAACCGUACAUACAACAUCGUGCCUGCAGAAGGAAGAAACUUUGACAAGUAUAAUACAAUAAGAAUGUACAUUCUAUGCAAGACGAAUGACUAUGACACAAUUCUUAGAGAGGCAUACUUUAUGCACAUCAUGCAAGAAAUAGAGCAUGUUCUAUGCAACGAAAUGUGGAGCAUGUUCUAUGCAACACCGAAUACAUGUUCAAUGCAACAGGUACGAACAAUUUUUACGCGAAUGUAAGAGCAUGCACAAUGCAAUACAACGUGACAAGCAUACUCUACGCAAACAUAAGAACUUGUGUAGUGCAAUGCAACACAACACAGACAUUCCGUGCACAAUAAUGACAACGCAUUAUUCAAUGCACAUCCGUAGCAUGUUCAAUGCAAAAUGUCGAAUAAAGAAAUGCGCGCUUUAACAAGACCAAUUCAGUUGCAACCUCUGAUUUACCUCUCGGAGGGGUUACAAUGUGUUUCAAAAGGAUACACCUCGUUCAUGUUGGCUGACGAUGAGUCACACAUCGAAGACAUGUUUUGAAACUUCCACAGAGACACUUUAAGCUGAAAAGUGGACUUUUUUUUGCACUUUCUCGAGAGCCAAGGACUCAAAACAGCCUGAAAACACACAGGGAGAACACUGGACACCUGCCGGCCACCAUGGAAGCAUGUCGGUCACUUACCAUUUCUGUCAGCCACCUAAGUGGCUGGUCGGCCAGAAAAAUUGGCCGGUCGGCCAGUUGUGGCUGAUUCGGGCUAAUUCAGUCUUUUCGCAUAUGGAUCUUUAAAAACACAAUCCCAAAACACUUUUCCUCACACACACAGUGCCGAAACCUCUUGUUCUUCACCCCUAAACACUUUUUCCUCUCAAAUUUGUACUUUUUAAGCGUUUUCCAACGCCCCUUGCGAAGUUGAUUCGCUAAAACCUUUUGGUUUCCUUCGUUUUAAAUCAAUCAAAAUUUGUUUUCGGAGCUUUUUCCUCAAUUUUCACCACUUGAGGAUUGUUUCCCUGAAGUUUAUCACAAGAUGGCAGACGAUGCUCCACAUGGCGGGGGUUCUCCAAGGAUGGAGGAGGAGCUGGAGUAUAUACCGUUGCCGCCCAGAGUCCAGCCUUUCGACCCAGAGAGGUACCGCCCUGAGGCACAUAUACAACCACCUAGCACAGUCCGCCACUUUACUGGAUUUGCACGGCGCGCACUUGCAAAUCUUCUGCUACGAGAGCCAGAGUCUCAUCUGUCCCAUGAUGCCUCCAAGCUAAACUCUCAUUUCACCAGCGGAUAUGGGUUGACCGUAACGAGGGAGUGGUAUAUGGACCUUCCCGACGACGUCCGACAGAUCGUUGAUGAGGCGGGGUUCGGCUUAUUUUGCAUGGGGCUCUCGUGUCACAUGGCGAGCAAGACCCUCUUAGGCGCAUUGGUAGAGAGAUGGUGGGGCACCACCAACUCCUUCCAUUUCUCUACCGCCGGGGACAUGACGAUGACCUCGUAUGAUUUCACUAUGUUGACGGGCCUUGAGGUGGGGGGUCGGCCGAUCCCAUACGACUCCGACAUGGAUGAGUGGGAGGCCGCUUGGAUCUAUCUGCUGGAAGCACGCCCUCCUAUUUUUCGAUCAGGUAUGGUCAGAUACACUUGGUUUUCAGACCACUUCAGAGGGACUGAGCCCGUGACGAUCGAGGCUACAGAGCAGUACGCCCGAGGUUUCUUGAUGUUCCUCUUUGGCACUACCUUGUUCGCCGACAGGGCGAACACAGUCGGGCUGUAUCUUCUGAGUGCUUUAGUGGACCUAUCCCAGGUUCGUCAUUAUGAUUGGGGUGGCCCUGGCCUCGCCACUUUAUACUGCUAUGUGAGCUCGACCUCUUGCAGGAGUAAGAACAGAGUGGGUGGCUAUUGGAGAGCCUGUGAGCUAUGGGUAUACGCCUAUUUCCCAGCACUUGCUCUCGAGCUAGAGGUUGAGACUCCUCUCGAGGUACCAUAUUUGCAUCGAUAUGACGGUUGGUGCCAGCUGAGAGCCCGAGAGACCCUCCCCUACCUUUGUCAGUACUUCGACAUAGCGAGGACGGUAGAGGUCACAUGGCAGCCAUGGGCGACAAUGCCAGAGGGGACCAGAUUUCAUUUUGCCGGAGUAUAGGGCGCCUCCCGGUACCGGCUUGUGCUAGAGGGACACGUAGGCCAAGCCUGGUUCCUUGGUGAGCGCUUCAUGCGCCAGACACUUGGCCUGCCACUACAGUCAGUCCCCUUACUACCUCCUCCUUCUAUGCGGGCCACAGAGAGUCUCUCCCCUUAGGAGAUUAUUGACUUCAUGCGAGGCGCAGAUGCAGAUCGGUUCAUCGGGGAUGAGGACUAUACGACUUACCUCCAAACAUACUUGAUGCCUCAUCUGAUAGGUGUUCGUGCUCACAUGGGGAGGAUAGAUGAUAUUGCCUCGUCGAGCAAGGCCCGAGGAGCAAAUGCUCAUUCUACAAGCAGGGCCCAGGCACCGAGGGGUGGGGCUAGAAAGAUGCCUCACACUAGGCAUAGUGUUAGAUGGCCUGAUCGUCCAACUGAGCUGAUAGGUUGGCGGUACUCCGGAGUGCCUUAUCAGAUUCCACUUGAGCCCCCGUUGCUUGAUCACCGAUAUGUCAAGACACUCGACUCACUACCAGUAUACUUUACAGCUUUCAUUCAUUUCAUUUUCGCUCAGAUUCUUAUUCAUUCAUACACUCAAGGUUUCAACUUGCAUUUACAGCCCUCUAUAGAGUAUGUCGAGGGGUUACUCGAGGUGAUGGCCUCAUUUGAGGGCAUGAUCUUGAGGAGAGGGAUGAUGCUGAACUCUUACGGCAUUUAGGUCACACCCUUACAGACUGGACCCUCAGAGCCUUUUCUAGUAGCAGGGAGAGAGAUUCCAGUACGCAGCCGAAGGAGACGUCGAGAGCCUGUCAUACAUGAUGACGAUGACGAGACCAGAGAGGACGAGGGGCCAAUGAGUCCUCAGUCAGAGUCAUCCGAAGGUGUAGGCGACGGCACCGGCUCGGGUUCUGAUGGUGGCAACGAUGCUGAAGUGGGCUACCAGGAUGGGAUUGGAGGCAGCUCUAGUUCUAGCUUCGUCUUAGAUUCAGACAGCGGCACCGAUGGUGAUAGCUCUAAGUCCACACAGCCAAGGAAGAGAACGAAGAGAGCCUCUCGAUCCUGAGAUGGGUGACAUCGAUUCAGAUGUUUUUUGCUUUGUUUCUUUUUUCUGCUAGUAGUGUUAGCACAUUGUACGGCCUUAGGCAGUUUUAUUUUCUUUAAAACUUAUACGCUUUGUAAAAAGAAACCGUGAUUGGA